GACGAAGACCGCAUGCUAUGGUUGUUCGGAGAUUUUUCGAUUUCACGAUCUUAAAGUCAUAUGAUUCACAGCAAAUAUAGCAACAAAUAUCUCAAUUGGUAUUUUCCAAAGCCACGAAACGUGCAUUGAGUUUGGAGCGAUAUCUGAAGUGAAGAUUGAAGACGUGAUAGAAGAUGGACGACCACUGCUAUGCUAAGAUGGCGACGUCCGCUAAAAGAGAACAUGAAAGAGAAUCAGCGCCACCAACUUCCAGCAAAUCUCUAAUGGAGAUAAAGACUAAAGAUGAAGACGUCCCGCAGCUGAUCGGUAAUCCAGAAGAAGUUUCCCCUCAGUUAGGGGGGAGCUCCACUUUGAAGCAGGAGACUCCACAACCACCCUGCAUUAAAAAGGAAGAGGAGGAACUCUGCAUCACUCAGGAGGGAGAGUGUCUUCUAGGACGAGAGGAAGCUGAUUACACCAAGUUUCCACUGAGUAUUCUCUCUGUGAAGACUGAAGAUGAUGAAGAGAAACCACAAGUAGACAACAUCUUAGCUCCACUAUCAGAUAGUGAGGCUGAAGACGAGGUUGAAGAACCUUUGAGCAGCGAUACAGACUGUGAAGGUGAUAUGAGGACUCACACUGACAACAAACACUCUGAAUGCUCUACAAAGACGAGUGGUAACAAAUGUUUGAGCUACUCAAAUUGUGGUGAAAGCUUUACUAAAAAUUGCCAUUUGACUCAACACAUGAGAACACACACAGGAGAAAAAACAUUUAGUUGUUCAGUUUGUGGCAAAAGCUUUUCUAAAAAUAGCCAAUUGACUCGACACAUGAGAACACACACAGGAGAAAAAACAUUUAUUUGUUCAGUUUGUGGCGUAAGCUUUUCUCAAAAUAGCAAUUUGACUGGACAUAUGAGAACACACACGGGAGAAAAACCAUUUAAUUGUUCAGUUUGCGGAAUAAGCUUUGCUGCUAAGAGGACUUUGACUGAACACAUGAGAACACACACAGGAGAAAAACUAUUUAGUUGUUCAGUUUGUGACAAAAGAUUUUCUCGAAAUAGCUCUUUGACUGAACACAUGAGAACACACACAGGUGAAAAACCAUGUAUUUGUUCAGUUUGUGGCAAAAGCUUUUCUCAAAAUAGCAUUUUGACUCAACACAUGAGAACACACACAGGAGAAAAAACAUUUAAUUGUUCAGUUUGUGACAAAGGAUUUUCUCGAAAUAGCUCUUUGAUUGAACACAUGAGAACACACACAGGUGAAAAAACAUUUAAAUGUUCAGUUUGUGGUAAAAGCUUUUCUCUAAAUAGCCAUGUGACUCAUCACAUGAGAACACACACAGGUGAAAAACCAUUUAGUUGUUCGGUUUGUGGCAAAAGCUUUUCUCAAAAUAGCUCAUUGUGUCGACACAUGAGAACACACACAGGCGAAAAACCAUAUAAGUGUUCAGUUUGUGGCAAAAGCUUUCCUAAUAUUAGCUCAUUGUGUCGACACAUGAGAACACACGCUGGGGAAAAACCAUUUAGUUGUUCAGUGUGCUGUAAAAGGUUCCAACAUAAUGCAGACGCAGUAAAACACAUAAGAACACACAAGGGAAAAUAACCAAUAAGCUGUCUAGUUUGUGGUUUGUUGCUCAUAUGUGGUGACAUCCACCCUACCCAGGACCUCCUCACUGCUUCUUUCACAAAUAUCUGAGGUAUUCAUACAAACUUGGAUUAUUUGGAGCAUAGUCUUGUCUAUUCAUGACCCCAUGUCUUCUCUGUAUCUGAAACCUUCCUGAACAGUAAGAUAGAUGAUGCUUCAAGUGCUUGGUUACUCCUUCUUCAGUCCAGGGACCUGGGGCCUCAUGUGUCAAGUUUGUGCACGCUCAAAAACCUGCACUACACCCUUUUUGUUGAGAUGUAUCAAAACUGACGUUGUGAUGCUGGGUUGCUGUUUGCAUAACCAAGUACCCUUUUUUACUCCUCAGACUGAUUGAUGUGCAAAUCAGAGACAUAUGAACAAUUAACCCCCAACACCCACAACCCAACCCCCACCUCCCUCGACAUCCGGGCAUAACAGGUUCAAUCCGGCCCAUGAUAUGAGUUUGCGAAGUGUAAAAUUCAGCUGUUUUUUUAAUGAAAGAAACUUCUGUUCUAAAUGUGUCCACUGAAAGUCGCAAUAGUAAUUCUGUUAGGCAAGCAAAUAGUUUAUACCGGGGCGAGCAAGUAUACCAAGCAAGAGGUACAUGGUAAAGCGGGGCUGUGACUCCUCCCCCUCCACCCAACGUAAAACAGGAGUAAAAUAAGCAAUCAGUAACCCCACUUAAAAUGCAGCAUGAGACACUGCACACUGAUAUAGUUCUGUGAAAAUGAUUGUCUUCUGUGCAAAUGUAAAGAAAGUGAACAGUGUGUGAUUUACUGCAAUACUGUCAGUCUUUUAAAUUAUUUGUGUUAUAGUAGAGAAUAUAGGAUAUGCUUUCUGUCAAAAAGUGAUUACGUAAUAUAAAUUUAAUAUGAAAAAAUAAUACAAAAAAUGUAGGUCCCGCCCCCUGACUUCCGGUGUAUAUGUCCCGCCUUCUGACAUCUGGCUAUGAUUUGGCAGAUCAAUCUAUGAAAGAUGAGUCUAUUUCACCACUAUAUAUUUACUAUAUUUAAUUUGACAGGCCUUUCGAAAGAUGUGAAGACAAUAAUCUAUAUAUUUACUAUAUUUAAUAUGGAUUUAUUGCAGCUAUAUUCACUGUGUGUAGACUUGAAGGGGGUCUCGUAUCCUUAGUAAGGGCUUUUUUCUAACAGGAAAAUUGGGGGUCUGUUUUAUCAAAUUUUCAGUGAAUUGAGAUAAAGAUGACAUGUUAUCAAAGCCCUACAAUGGGGGGGUGUGGGGGUCCCCACCCUCCUGUCUGUUGUAGUCUAAAACUGAUCUUGACAGUUGUUGAUUGAGGUAACAAUGAAAGAAAAAUAGAAGCAGUCAUAUAAGCAUGCGUGCAAUCCCAUUAAUUAAAUCAAAUGUGCUGGGUCGUAGGAAUGGGAACAGUCACAUCCUUCAUGAUUGAAUGUAACCACGCUCCCCAUCGUUGGAUGAUGCUGAGACAAUUGAUCAUGCAAUGACUUCUCAUCAUUCCUUCAGUUUCUACCUAACGCUGUCCACUAUUUUCAAAAAAAUGUUGUAAUGUUUUAUUAUGCUACAUUUAGUCUUACUUUAUAUCAGGGGUCACCAACGCGGUGCUCGCGGGCACCAAGUAGCCCGUAAGGACCAGAUGAGUAGCCUGCUGGCCUGUUCUAAAAAUAGCUCAAAUAGCAGCACUUACCAGUGAGCUGCCUCUAUUUUUAAAAUUGUAUUUAUUUACUAGCAAGCUGGUCUCGCUUUGCUCGACAUUUUUAAUUCUAAGAGAGACAAAACACAAAUAGAAUUUGAAAAUCCAAAAAAAUAUUUUAAAGACUUGGUCUUCACUUGUUUGAAUAAAUUCAUUACUUUUUUUACUUUGCUUCUUAUAACUUUCAGAAAGACAAUUUUAGAGAAAAAAUACAACCUUAAAAAUUAUUUUAGGAUUUUUAAACACAUAUACCUUUUUACCUUUUAAAUUCCUUCCUCUUCUUUCCUGACAAUUUAAAUCAAUGUUCAAGUACAUUUAUUUUUUUUAUUGUAAAGAAUAAUAAAUACAUUUUAA